AUGCAGUUUCGACAACUGACCUGCGCAUCUGUCCUCCUGGCCUGCGCCAUCGCCGUCUUCGCAGCCCCCGCCCCGGUGCGCAUGAUCGAGCGAGACGUCGAGCAAGACGUCGAAGUCCGCAACUGGGAUCCGUCGAAUGCACACGAUGUGGCGGACAUUUAUCGCGCUGCUGUCCUUCAAGCGAGGAGUCCGCAGAAAUCAAGAGCGAGGCCAGCAGCGAGGCCAGGGGCUGCUCCCAGGCCUAAUGCUGCACCUGCCCCGCGGCCUAUUGCACCAGCUCCAAGACCCAACACGCCCCCCGCACAGAGACCAAAUACGCCCCCCGCACAGAGACCCAACACGCCACCUGCGCAGAGACCCAACACUCCCGCUCCUCCUGCUCAGAGGCCGAACACCCCUCCUGCUGCUCCGAGACCCAACGCCCCUGCCCCGAAGCCAAAUACCCCUGCCCCGAAACCCACCACAACUGCUGGCGCACAACCUACCCAGAAGCCUGCAGCAGGCCAGUGUGGCCCCAGGUCAAAUGGGAAGAGCAAGCGCGCCUUCUCGACCACUUGUGACACGAAUUCGCUGACACUUGGCGGUGUCACACGGCCAAUCACCAAGGUCGCAGACCAAGGCAAUUCGGCUAUAACAUACAGGGUCGACGGUGGUUGGCCUGAUCCAUCCACUGGAUCAUUGGUGACGGCCUAUGCAAAGACUGGUCCAAGACCCAGCUCAACGUUCACAGACGAGGCCAAGUGGUUGCGGAAGACGGAUCAGCUGCUAGCUGAGGGCAGCUACGACGGAAACAACUUCAUCGUGUUCCGUGGAGUCACGGGCAAGACAGAUCUUACGGGGACGAGGUUCUUCGCGACACAGUUGGCGCCGGUCAUGAUGGGGCAGGCCAACCGUGCGAGAUGUGAAGCAUUGAUCAGGGAGAAACUCGUAUUGGUCGUCCGACAAGUCAGGGCCUAUGUGGACAACUACGGGAUCCUGCAUACUGAUGUCCAGCCGGGAAACAUCUUGUGGGAUUCUGCUGCCAACAGCCCUACGCUGAUUGACUGGGGAAGAGCGAAGGACGUCGGUGUCAACAACUGGUCUGCGGAGCUAGAGGCCAGUGUCAUGGCCCAAGCUGAGUUCUCGCACUUGAGGGGAGGGGAGAAGCUUUGUGGUUUGUGA